GCCGUCCCUGUGUUGACUGCCAUGCGUUUGAGUUCAUGCAGAGGGCUCUGCAGGAUUUAAAGAAGACAGCGUAUAAUCUAGACACACGGACAGAAACCCUCCUCCUGAGAGCAGAAAGGAGAGGCCUGUGUGACUGCUUUCAUGCAAUACACUGA